UAUCCAAUACUUUUACCGGAUAUGCUUUGAAAGAUAACAACAUCUCAACUUCUGCCUUCUUCACCAUCACCAAAAUCAUUCAACUUAUACAUAUAUGUAUGAUUUGUUCUUACGUGGCCCUGAGAUGAUUGCUUCAAAGUCCACCUCCUCCAAUACUGACAUUUUUUUUUUUUAAUUUAAUGUUUUGGUCUGCUCGAGUGACAAUUCAACCAACCUGUGUAGCCAUUAAGCAGCCUGAAAUCGCACAUUGUCCCUCACUUUCUUUCACGAUCUCCUUUGAUCUUCACCUUAUUCUUUUUGUCCUCGGAAUUGUUUUCAUCAUUUGCAUGGACCGGUCAAGAAGCACUCGGUCCCCAUGAAACCCAGAGGUAGAAUCUCUCUCAGCCGUCGGAUCAUUCCACGUUCAGUCGCCAUCCACCGUGGUCAUGGCACCACCAAGCUCCCUCUCCUCUUUCUUCUUCUCUUCCUCGGCGGCGGUUUCCCUGUCCGUAUGGCUCAAACCACGUCAGGUGCGACCAGCCCGGGCGGUUCUCAAAACGAAACAAGCUUCGACCCAACCUUGGCCAUUCUCAUGAUCGUCCUCGUCAGCGUUUUCUUCUUCCUCGGGUUCUUCUCCGUCUAUAUACGCCGUUGCCUGGAGCAAGCCCUCGGCAUCGACUACGGCCGCUCCUUCGACCCGGGAAACUGGCUCUCUCAAAGACAAGCGGCGCGUGGGCUCGACGCGUCUGUCAUCGAGACGUUCCCUACGUUUCGUUACUCGACCGUGAAGGCGCUCAGGAUCAGCAAAGAAGCGCUCGAGUGUCCUGUCUGUCUCAACGACUUCCACGACGACGAAACGCUGCGUUUGAUACCCAAUUGCUGCCACGUGUUCCAUCCUGAUUGCAUCGACGCCUGGCUCCGAUCUCGCGCCACGUGUCCCCUCUGCCGCCUCAAUCUCGUUUCCGUACCGAGCGAGCCCUUCUCUCUUCAAAUACCAGAUCCGGCCCGAGAAUCCGCGCACGUAUUUCCCGAUCGAAGUCGAGUUUCGGGUUCUCCGGACGCGAGGUUGAUUGACUCGGUGGCUUGGACCAAUCAUAGCAUGCCACGUCGAUCGAUGUCUACCGGGUUGCUAAGGCGGUCGGAAUGGAUCGGUACACCGGUUAAUUUGGAGCGGUUUACGCUGAGGUUACCGCAGGAGGUACAUGAUCAGUUGGUGUGCUCGAGCUCAAAAAGCAACGUGGUGUUGCCUCAAGCCAGAAGUUCGGUGAGAGGGUACAGAAGUGGAAGCCUUGGGAGCGAGAGAAAUUAUUUCUACUACGAACGGUUCGACGAAGACGGCCGGUUGGGCCGCAGACCGUUCUCUAUAACUCCCCCAUACCGAACCGGUUCGCUCCAUUCUCCAGGAGGUGAUGAUCAGGUGGGUGGUGGUACAUCCAAGGGCUUUCUUCUCGCUAUGCAAUCACCGUUGGAUCGAUUGAUUCUUGGAAAAAAGAAUGUUGGUCAAUGUUCGUCGGAUCAACUUAGAUCGGGAGAUAAGAGUCCUGUCUAGACGACGUCCCAUAAUUGUGGUUUUUUGUGAAAAUUCCCGUACAUAAUUUUUUUUUUAAAAAUUUCCAGCCCGUUUUGUUACGUAAUCGAAUGUUUACUGCUGCCACAUGGUACCCAAUUAUUCGGACUAAAAUUUACGGGGUAAAUGUGAAAUAAAUUAGUUAUGUAAGGAAAGUUGUGCAAUUUCGUAAACCUUGAAGCAACCACGAUUACUU